AUGGCUAUUCGAAUCAACAUCCCCCCCGCCACCCGCAUUCUUCUCAUCAGCCAGCUGGCCCUCUCCUUUUUGUACAAUGUCGCCAGAUGGAGGCAGCUUGACGUCUCGCCCAGCGCCACCGGCUCCCAGAAGACUCCGAUCGUCCCUUAUCUGACCCUGGUGCCGUCCAUGUUCUACUACUAUCCCUGGUCCCUCUUGACCGCCACCUUUGUCGAGCAGAACAUUUUCACCGUCCUCCUGAACGGCGCAACCCUGUUCUACGCAGGGAAAUAUCUCGAGCGGGCAUGGAGCUCCAGGGAAUUCGGCAAGUUCAUCCUGGCCACCGCUCUCAUCCCCAACAUACUGGUCAUUCCGAUUUAUCUGAUCUGGGCUGCUCUUACCGGCAGCAGUCUCCGAGGGUACGCGUUCUGGAUUUCCCCUGAUGAUUGUGAUACUGCUUGCGCAAUGCCCGCUGACGAUCCCGUCCUUCGCAGUCUGACCCAGAUUUGUGGCGGCGUCGCCCUUCAGGGCUCUUUCCUGGUCGCUUUUAAGCAACUGGUCCCCGAACAUACCGUUACCAUCCUCAAGGGAAUCAUCAAAAUCCGAGUGAAGCACUUUCCCGCCAUUUUCUUGGUUGCCAACACCAUCAGUGGCGUCUUAUUCGGAACCGAUACCGCUGCCGUUCUCUCCUGGCUUGGUCUUCUAACAAGCUGGACGUACCUGCGAUUCUACAAACACCAGCCCGAUCUUACCGGCACUUCAACCGACGGCUUAGGUUUCAAGGGCGAUGCCAGCGAAACCUUUACUUUUGCAAGCUUCUUUCCCGAUGCGGUACAACCUCCCAUUGCAUUUGUCGCCGAUCAAGUCUACGCGCUGCUCGUGGCAAUCAAGGUCGUCACUCCAUUCUCGGCGGAAGACAUCGCUUCGAGUAACGAACAUGCCAUUGCCCGAGGCCAAGCCGGUCUUCCUUCACUUUUGAACAACACCGGCGGUGCGAGAGGGAUGGCCAAGCGAGAAGAAGCCGAGCGACGACGAGCACUUGCACUGAGGGCUCUUGAUCAGAGACUUCAAGCCGCUACGGGUAAAGGACCAACCGUGCCCAGCCAUCCACCCUCCGCUUCGUCACAAACGACAGCUCCUACCGUUACUGCAGGGCAGAACAUGCUCGGCGAAACCAACUACACACCUGAUCACUCAUGA